UAUUUGCAGGAUGACAUUGGUGGGACUGGCUGCUCGAAAGCUGGCACAAAAACAGAGAACAGAAAAAUUGGCCGCCGCGUUUCCUAAUGGGAUACGCUGUCAAAAGUGUCUACAAAAAGGACAUUGGAGCUACGAAUGUCGCGAAAAACGGAAAUAUGUACAUCGUAGUUCGCGUACCAAACAGUUAAGAAAACAUUUGACCCAAAAAGAGGCAAAUAAGAUUGAAACGACAGCGACAACGGCAGAUGAGAGCCAGGAUGGGAACAGCUCUCAGAAUAAAAAGGCCAAGCGGCGUCGCAAACGUCAGACUUCCUCUUCGUCAUCUUCAUCAUCGUCUUCAGCUUCAUCAAGUUCAUCAAAAAGCAGCACGGGCAGUAGUUCUAGUUCUGGGUCUACGGAUACGGAUUCCAGCGAUUCUACCUCGGACUCACAAGAUGGCAGCUCAUCUGGGGAAGACGGGUCGGCAGGAGAUUCAUCCAGCUCAAGCAGUGAUAGUGACAGCGAUGAUGCCCCCAAAAAAACAAAGAAACGUCGUGAGAGCUCAAAUGAAUCAGAGGACGGAGGCGCUGCAGAUUAAAGUUUUUUAUUCUGUACGAUACAAUAUUAUCAUACAUUUGCAUAGCUUUAGUUUAAUUAAUUUUAAUUUUCACUUAAAUUAAAAAUGACAAGGACUUAUUUUAAAUUCCAUUUUUAUUCUAAUUAAACUGACCUAAAUUAAUUAGCCAAA